AACAAGGAAAUGGUGGGGGAAUAAAACGACCAGAUUAUUUAAUUAAUGCAUGUAAUAAUUAAUAUUUUAUUUUAUUGUAAAUUAAGACGUAUUUAUGGGUUAAAAUGGAUUACGACUUCAAAACAAAGCUGGCGGCCGAGAGAGAGAGAGUAGAAGAUCUGUUCGAAUAUGAAGGUUGCAAAGUGGGUCGAGGCACCUACGGGCACGUUUAUAAAGCUAAGCGCAAAGACGGGAAAGAUGAGAAGGAGUAUGCACUGAAACAAAUAGAAGGCACUGGAAUAUCGAUGUCUGCCUGCAGGGAAAUCGCUCUGUUACGAGAACUGAAACACCCAAAUGUGAUCGCCCUGCAGAAAGUGUUCCUGUCCCACAGCGACAGAAAGGUUUGGCUCCUCUUUGACUAUGCCGAACAUGACCUUUGGCACAUCAUCAAGUUCCACCGCGCCUCUAAGGCCAACAAGAAGCCCAUGCAGCUGCCCCGAGGGAUGGUGAAGUCUCUCCUGUAUCAGAUUCUGGAUGGGAUCCAUUACCUCCAUGCCAACUGGGUGCUCCACAGGGAUCUGAAACCAGCUAACAUCCUGGUGAUGGGUGAAGGUCCCGAACGAGGAAGAGUUAAAAUCGCUGACAUGGGUUUCGCCAGACUCUUCAACUCUCCUCUCAAGCCGCUGGCAGACCUGGACCCCGUGGUGGUGACGUUCUGGUACAGGGCACCUGAGCUGCUGCUGGGGGCCCGGCACUACACCAAAGCUAUUGAUAUUUGGGCAAUUGGCUGCAUCUUUGCGGAGCUGCUAACGUCCGAGCCCAUCUUUCACUGUCGCCAGGAAGACAUCAAGACCAGUAACCCCUUCCAUCAUGACCAGCUGGACAGGAUAUUCAGCGUCAUGGGUUUCCCCGCAGAUAAGGACUGGGAAGACAUUAGGAAGAUGCCAGAGUACCCAACCCUGCAGAAAGACUUCAGGAGGACAACGUAUGCAAACAGCAGCUUAAUCAAGUACAUGGAAAAGCAUAAAGUCAAACCAGACAGCAAAGUUUUUCUCUUGCUCCAGAAACUCCUCACAAUGGACCCCACCAAAAGAAUCACAUCAGAGCAGGCGCUGCAGGACCCGUACUUCCUGGAGGACCCAUUACCAACCACUGAUGUGUUUGCUGGGUGUCAGAUCCCCUACCCGAAACGAGAGUUUCUAAAUGAAGACGAGCCGGAGGAGAAAACAGAAAAGAACCAGACCCAGCAGCACCAGCAGACGACAGGCCAAACUCAGGCCCAGAACCAGCAGCAGACAGCAGCCCAGCAGGCCACCUCCCAGCAGAGCUCGGCCCAAACCAACGGCACCACCGGAACCACGGGGGGCACCGCUGGCGGGGGUUUACAACACGGCCAGGACCAGGGCCCCCCCAACAAGAAACCUCGGAUUGGGCCCUCUGGGGCCUCCUCAGGCACUGGGGUGCUACAGUCAGAGUACCAGCACUCCGGCCCCCGCCUUGGUUACCAAAGCAACGUCCAGGGUUCCACUCAGCCCCAGAGCACCAUGGGAUACUCGUCGUCUUCCCAGCAGAGCUCCCAGUACUCCCACCAGACCCACCGCUACUGAGGCUCCAGUCGCUCUUAACCAGCAGAGGAGUCGGCCCCUCCUCCUCCAACCACACGUCACAGCACACCCUCGACUCCGGCCGAGGCGUCGCCCCCUCAUCCCGGUCAGACCUCCCUCCGUGCAUCACAUCAUCAUUCCACCUCAACCAUCCUCCUUUUCAAGCCUCCAGCGGCACCAGAACAUGACGGCGAACAAACAUAGGAACCAAAAAAAAUGUAAGACGGAGCUCUGCCUCGUUGGGCUGGUGGAGCGUUUUUAAAGCAACUGAAAAUAAUGUAAGAUAGAUGCGAAGGCAUCACACACAGACUCAGAACCAUGGCACUUACAAACGCAACGUUCCUCACGAGGAAGAAUCGCAGCUGUGUUCAUAUAUGUACAUUAUAUAGCACCUUUUUCUAUUUGAUUUUUUUCCUCUCACUUAUUUGCUAGAGUUUUCAAGUUUACCUUGAUAGUUGAUGUCACUGUAAAUAUUGUUAAAUAUGGAAGUGAUGGGAUGAAACGAUACACAGGAGGAAAAGCCCUUUAUUGUUAUCUCUAGUGUACUAUUUACCUUGGAUAAUCAAAAAGCAGAAGAAGCUGGAGCCGACCCUGUCCUUUUAAGAAAAGAAGACAGUCACAUGUUUCUACACAGAAAACAUCGGCUCUUGAGCUGAUGCAAUUGCAGGGAAAUAUUAAAUGCGCAAUUUAACUUAAUCUUCUUAUCAUAGGGUUUCUAUAUUUGGACCUGUCUUUCUCUAGAUUUGGAUUUGGAAAGUAAGAAAAGUAGAUGUGUUUUUACAGCUCUAAGUUCUGUAUAUUCUGAUUCACUCCACUACCUUUAGAGAUAAGAAGCAUUUGACAGCCGAGCUUUGUUUCCUCUGACAGUGACGACAGCGUAUUCAGCAGGUUGGACGCCUCUCGUUUGUGGCCGGCGGCUCUGGAGUGUUUUCUUGUCCAGGAGCUGCCGGUGGACACUUUGCUCUGACACCCGACUUAUCGUGGACCCUCAAGACUUUCAAGGUUUCCGAACACGAACGUGCGCAUAAACGUACAGGGCAGCUAACAGUACGCCCCCCCCUUAUAUGCUCCAUGAGACUGUUACUGCCUGAUGUCAGAUUGUUUUUUUAAAGUUUUAAUGUAUCAUUGUUGCCCUGUGAGCGCGUGUGUGUGAGUGUGUGUGUGCGAGUGUGUACAGUAUGUUUUUUAUGCAUGUUGUUUAUCCUUUGACUUACUAGAACUGCACUGAUCGCUGAACUGAUCUGCGAAGAGCUGGAACAAACGUGGCUGGGUUUCGUUGUUGGGACGCUCGUCCUCGUCCACUGCGACCCUCUGUGACACACACACAUGGUUUGGUAGAGACACGUGGGUGCGUUCUCUAAUACAACAAGGAGGCACGAGCAACAAUAAUCAAACUAAGUAUUGCUAGAAAUGUGCAGUGUAAAUCCUCAGUGCCUCUACGACAAGUAUUCUUUCCUCUUUGUCCUUUUCAGGCGUGUAUACAGGAAGCCACCUGCCUGUGCGUCUGUUUUAUUUGUGAUGUCAUGAGUCCAUCUUGUAAUACAUUCAGUGGUGGAAUGUGAGUACAGUCACCCAAGCACUGUACGUGAAAGCACAGCUUGAUGAGAUGAGAAGGUCGAUACCACUCUGUAUGAUAAAUAUGAAGCACCAGCCAGUUAGCUUAGCUUAGCACAAAGACUGGAAACAGAGGGGCGAAACCCUGAGUCUGUCUGUUUCCACGGUAGCUGUUUCUCCUGUUUCCAGUCUUUAUGCUAAGAUGAGCUAACUGGCUGCUGGCUGUAGUUUGAUGUUUAGCAUACGAGAAUGAUAUCAUUGCUCUCGUCUAACUCUCCGCAAAAAAAGUGAAGAGGUUAUAGUUAGAAGUUUCCCAAAAUGUCACUGUUUCCUUACUUCAUACUUCUACUCCACUACAUUUCAGAGGAAAUAUUAUAUUUUUUACUCCACUACAUUUAUUCAAGAGAUUGAGGUACUAGUUACCGCUAGAAUGAAGAUUCCUUCCCUGAUGCCUUUUUUUCCAACAAAUAUUCAUUUCUUUAAAAUAUAUGUGAAAAAAUCCAGUACAGUCAGAAUAAUCCAGCCUGUUUCAAUGAGAAUCCAUUUUCUAAAUCAAGUGUUAUUUUUCAGGUUUCUAGUGCAGCUCAUACAGUCAGGUCUUUGUACAGAUUCAUUUGAAAUAAAAACAAGCUGAAAUUAGCAGCUGCAUUAUCAGAUUUCCUGUUUGAAGAAAAGCUGUGACAAAGUUUUUAGGACCUCUUCAAAGCCAGAAUUCCUCUUGACAUUGUGGCCCUUGUAUAUAAAGCAGUUUAAAUAGCUGCCUCUACAACAGCUCUAACAGCAAAUGUUACUUACUCUACUACUUUUAAUACUUGAUGCAAAUGUUGCUGAAAAUACUUCUGGCUGAUCUUCAAUGGAAGACUUUUUCUUGUAAAGAGUAUUUCUACAUUGUUGUUUUAUUAUUUUUACUGAAGUAAAGCACCUGUAUACUACACCCAGUUAAACAAAUGUUCAAGGGCAAGCGUCAAAGUGAGGCUUGCUUUCUACUCCCCUCCUCCUUUUUGUCUCCCCACAACUUGCUCCCUCCUCACUGGUCCUGCUCAGUCACGUGACCGGCCGCUCGUGCAGGUUGUAUUAAAGAAUGCACCCAAUUACUUGACUGUAACUGUAGCUGCGUUUGCUCCAACACAGACAUGGCCACAGCAGGGUGGGGGGAGGUAGAGCUGUAUUAGGCGGACGUGUGGCCUGCAGUGGGAUGAGCAAACACUGACACCUUGUGGUUGAAAAGAGAACUGGACCUCUGUCCUUUGUAAAACUGCAAGUAUACAAGUAGAUAUGUUGUUGCACGAGUUAAAGCAAUUUCACCUGAACAUGCAAGUCAUGCGUGUUGUAGUAUCCGACUGAUAUUGUCUCCAGAAAUCCAGUCAUGUCUCACUGAUGAGGAAAGUAACCACCUGCUUUGUUCUCAGUAAGAUGAUACUGAUUAUUAUUUCCACCUCUGUGUUCAAACAUGUCUCCUUAAGGCAUUUGGUUCAUGCUUUGAUACCUGGAUGUGUCUCAAAUGUAAGAGAGACUCUCUCUGCAAAAUCUCUUCAGUGACUCCUCAGUGUUGUUGCAUGCCGGCUCUUAUUCUGCAUCAGCCAGGUGGAUUACAGUCAGUGUUGCGGGUUUGGGGCCACUUCCAUCCAAACUGCAAAAAGUUUCAUUUUCAGUUCCACUUUUUUCAGCAAAAUCAACAUGCAAUUGGAGGGAUUGGAAACAAGUGCAGAUGAACCUGUGUCCAGUCCUGACAUUUUAAUCUGACAAGUUGCAGCAGCGUCAUUCUAAAAUGACAUAUUUUUAAAAAAGUCAUAUUUUCUUCUUCUUUUUUUAAGUGUUUAAUGGCACAAACUGAAAAAAAUGCUAAUUUUUGAUUAUAUCAGUGUUUGGUUGACUAAAACAUGGCAGGCUGGAUCUUGUACAUUUUACUCAUAUUUAAAGCUGCAUUUAUUUUUAUUUUUUUUUGGCAACUUCAAGUGAGCAGAAAAAAAAUAUAGCAUAACAUAGCAAUGACAAAUCAUCACUUUAUGGAGAGCUGAAGUCAUGACAUCAUGCCCAAACUGUGGGCUCCCCUGUUCAUAUUGUAGCACUAAUCAGCAGCACAGCAGCACUAUUACAAGCUACUAGAAGUUUAAAACAUCACGACUUUAAGGAUUGACAAAGAUUCAUUUGUUAGCAUACAAAAAAUUACAGCUCACAUGAAAGAAUACCAGUGUAGCCGCAGCACUGGAACUUCUGUUACUGUCACUUCAUUUCUUUCAUAUCCAAAAUAUCCACCAGUGCUCUGUUCUAAUGUCAUAUUUCCAGUAUUUAUUCUCAGCUGUGUGUAAUCUGCCAUUUCCCCAUAAACUGGGGAAAUACUGUUUGUUAGAAGCUGACAAUAGAAAUGUUACAUAAACAAUAUAGAGUAAAACUGAAUGAGCCUUAUUUAGACAUACAGAGUGAAACAGGCAUAUUUUUAUAUGAAAGAUCGUCUUGCAAGGCUUUUGACCUGCAAAGACUUUGAGGAAGGUUUUCUUGCCUGUGGAACAGAACAGUUCUGGUUUCACUUCAGCUCUCUAUGAAGUUGAUAUGGCUAAUGCAUUGCCAAACAGUGGCUUAUCUAACAACUUGUAGACAUGGAGCAACACUAGAAUUCUUCUGGAGUCGUGUUUCUGGCCACCAGGACAUGAAUCCAAUAUUCACUGUCCUUUUGGCUCCAUUGUGGUUUCCAACUCCUGAAUAAAUCUGGCUCUAUUAUCUGGCUCUUUGGCUGGCUUGGAUAUUUUAUUAUGUACAGUUGCUAGCUGCAAACUGUCCAUCUGCCAUUUGGUGCUAGACAGCUAGUUUUUCCACUGCAAACAGCUGCCUGCGGCUGUAAAUGAGGUCGAUAAGAGCAGAGUUUGUGGACCAAAACAACGCGCUAAAAGAAGCUGGAACACUGAAUAGGUCUGAGUGGGACUGCAGAGUCCGGUGAUAAUCCUCUGCAGGUUUGUCCCUGGAAGUGACCCCUUUCACAUGACACAUAGUUAUUUUGAUAGUUUUCUUGUUAAUUAAACAAAUACUGAUUAGUGCAGCUCAAAAGACAAACUUCAGGUAAUGAGACUCCAGCCUGAAUGUACUUGUAAAGCGUUUCGGACGCGCUCUCUUCACGGCGUGCGUUGCUGUAGUUGUCGGGUUCAUCUUGUCCACUUUUGUUCUGACAGUCUGGCAGGCAGAUCCAGGCAGACGCGUAUGUGAUGGGGAUCAAAACCAGCAGCUAUUCAAAGGUUUUCUCCUCCCUUUGGUGUGUGUAUCUGAAGUCAAACCGAGUAGCAGCGAGGAUACGUUAAGACGCUUUGUUGUAAAUUUCUCUCUCCACACAAGCGAGGUGUCACAAGUAUUAUUGAGCAUGAGGCUCCAGUGGGAGACAAAUUACUGUCAAAUAACUCCUAUGCAAAAAAAUCCCAGACUAAAGCUUUCACUUAGGUUGCUUAGGUUUUGCAGUUGACAGCUUUUAUUAUAUUUCGAUGGGUGAUGUGUAUCAUUCCUUGUGUAAUAUUGAGUACAGUAGUCGGAGACAGCGCUCACUCGUCCUUUUUUCCACAGCAUUUUGAAAUGUACUCUAAAUGAACUAUUGUAAAGAAAUGCAUAUAUAUGGAUAGUAUACAAUCAUAUUUAUUAUUUCCAUACAUCUAUGAAUAAUACCCAUUUUUUUUAACUUUCCUCUGCCUUAACUAUAGUAGCUAUAGAAAGGGACCUCUGUCAGACAAAGCAGGCAUCACUAGACGGUAUUUCUGGUUAUUUUAGAGUCAUCUCCUCUCUAUAUGCUCACAUGAAAUCAUGUCUAGUUACUGAAUGUGUUCAUGCCACCUCAAUGUACAGUAGAAUGAAGGUGACGCCGUUGUUUGGGAUCACUCGCCGGCUUCUUGAGGUUGGUUUCGACUUUGUCACGCAGAUAUUCCACAGUGUCACUGUUUUUACAGGAAUGAUAAGAAUCCACGGUUUUAUUUGUGUGGAUGGUGCCUUUUUGUAGUCGUUCAUCUUCUAAAGAUGUCAUGGGAAUUUGUUCCAGAUGAUUUUUUUUUAAAUAUCAUUUUAUGUUUGUAUCGUCACGCCUCCUCCUCUGUUAGCUCUUUGGGUCUAUGUCCUCUUUUUUUCCUCAUUACUAUGUAGCAUAUUGUUAUUUACACAAUGUGGAAGCUAACAGCUGAAUCUAUUUUCUUUCAGUUCAUUGUGUCUCACCUCUAAAGACUGCAAACAAUCCUGACGGGGGAUUCGCUCUUGUUUUCUCUUCUAAUAGAUAUUGUCCUCACACAUUACUGAAGCGCAGUUAUAAGUGUGUUUUGAAAUGCUGUACAUAAAAACACAUUUUAAGAAUUUCUCAUUGAGAUAUUGAUACAAUAAUUGUCUUUUAAUGCACUGUUGUUGCUCAAAUAUUUAGUGGUAAAUAAAAAAGUAUUUAAUGUUUUUUAAUGUCUUGCUUUAGACACUAAAGUUCUGGCAGUGCUAUGAAAGUUAUCCGGCAGAUGAUUCUUCUCUCUGUGUGUAGAUAUGGACAGACACACAUUAGUACACGCCUAUAUGAAAUCUAGUGCACCUCGAGGCCGCUCUCCUCUCACAUUUCCUCCUUUUUGAUAGUAUUGCAUGUGCCUGUCUUUUUCCAAUGGAGAACGUAAGCACUUGUCGUCGCCCUCUCUCAGCAGUUUGUACAGACGGACAGACGCUCCAUCUGCAAGUCUCUGCGAUGCCUUCAAUGCCCUCCGUGCCGUUCAAAUGGCAAGCCUCGUUCUGCUUGUGCCACAAAACGUGGUUGCAAUAGUCCUCUAUCCCAUCAGAGUCUCUUUUAAUAAAUGGUUCCCUGUUGUGGAAGAAAUUUAAUGUUGUGGUCUGACGUAAAACAAACUCUUGUUUAAUGAAACAUUUUUUAAUGGAUCGACGUACUUAAGUCUUGAGCUGCAUCAGCAGAAUGCUUUGCAGGUGGGGGCGUCUGUCUACUCUUCUACAUUCUCUCUGUAUUACGUGUGUGCGUGCGCACAGGUUUGAAAUAUACGUAUGGCCUAAAUGUAUUGUCUUUUCAUAGCAUUUACAGGUAAGGCAGCAAUAGCUCAAUGGAGGAAAAUCAAAAAAAGAAAACAUUUAUUUAGCUGCUUUUAGCAAACUUGUCCAAAUUUCACUGUACAAAUGACUGUUAAAUGAGAAAAAAAGUCAUGUAUAUUUAUUUUAUAUCCUCUAUUAUAAUAAAAUCUCUUUUGUC